AUGAAGAUCACGGCAAGCACAGAUCGUGCUCCGGAAGCGUUGUUUGGCAGUAAAUCCGGAGGUACAGGUAAAGGUACGACCGAUUCUUGGAGCGUUUCCAAAGAGGCCUGGGAAAGUGAAGAAGAUUGGGUUCGCAAAGAUCCAUUGGAGCCGAACGCCUUUCGCUUGGUUCCAGGAGAUUCUGACGGGGAGGAGCCAUAG